CUCGAUGCAUACAACCAUUGCUUAUAAAAAUGCACUGCCUGAUGAUGAGAUCAGUCACUAGUCGGCAACAAAUCACAUCAACGAGAUGAGCAACUAUAUUAUCAAAUGUGCUUUGUUGGUAAGUAUAGGUGUGAGCUUGUGUCUGGCCGAUGAUCAGUACACAUCGAAAUACGACAAUAUCGAUCUUGACAAAAUCCUAGACAGCAAGAGACUGGUGUCCAACUAUGUGCAGUGUCUGUUGGGGACUAAGGGCUGUCCUCCAGAGGGCCUGGAACUCAAAAGAAUUUUGCCAGAUGCUCUGAAAACACAGUGCUCUAAAUGCACAUGCGUGCAGAGACAAGGAGCAGUGAAGGCGAUACAGAGGCUCCAGAAAGACUACCCUGACGAAUGGAAACUUCUAUUGGACAAGUGGGAUGCCAAAAGAGAGAGUUUGGCCAAAUUCGACGAUUAUGUGAAAAAAGGCGGAAAAAUUUGUUAAAAACCAAAAAAAAUAAUAAAUUUAUUUUUCCAACU